GUACAAAAUUUAAGGCACGUGUCGAUCUUCUCAUUUCCCCCAAACCCAGGGUUUAUGCGCAGUCCCAAGAACUGAAAUGAGGACAAGUCAGGUCGAAGGGUUCGAUUCCCGCUGAUUCUCUCCCUCACCCAGAAAUCAAUCAACCAUGAAGCUCCUUCAGACGAUCUCUGGAGGACACCACCGAUCACUGGUUCGAGCCCUAGGACGUCGAUACUUUGCCGCUUCAACAGAAGAGUAUGCCAAGAGGAACUACGCUAACAAUGAUUCAGAGUACAACACCGUCAUUAACUCCCUCACUUCUCAACGAAGGUAUUUUUUGUUGAGGGAUGUGUAUGAUGAUAUGAUGCUGGAUGGGGUUAAACCAGAGCGAGAUACCUUCCAUUCGCUCAUUGCUGGGACGAUGAGAGGGGCUCGCUUGCAGGACGCGUUCUUCUUCCGAGACGAAAUGAGAACCAUGGGUUUGCUUCCUGAUGUUGCUUUAUAUAACUUCUUGAUCUCAACCUGCGGGAAAUGCAAGAUUUCUGACCAGGCAGUCAGGAUUUAUGAAGAAAUGAAGAUAUAUGGAAUCAAACCUACUGGACAAACUUAUAUCUGUCUACUUAAUGCAUGUGCAGCCAGUGGCCGAUUAGAUCGAGUGUAUGCUAUUGUUCGUGAUAUGACUGCUGCUGGUCUUGGUUUAAACAAAUUUUGCUAUGCGGGGCUUAUAACUGCACAUAAGAAUAAGAUACCUAUUACCGAUGAUACGGCUGCCAAAAUAAUUGAGCUUGUUGAGCAGUCCAAGGGGUGGUCACCAGUUGAAGCAUCAAGAGAUAAUGCUGAAAAUGUUAUGAUGGGUAUUUCUGAAGAGGAGUUAUAUAAUAUCCCCACUGCUGAAUAUAUGCAUAGGCGUGGCGGAUUCCUGGCUAGGGAGUUAACUGUAUAUCAUGUUGCAAUUCAAGCGUGUGCUGACCUUAGAAAUGUAGAGGCAAUGGAAACACUUUUGGAGAUGCUCAAAAAGGAUGGUAGAACUCCUGAUGUCUUUAUUGUGAUGCAAACUAUGAGGUGUUAUCUACAUUCUGGAGACAUUGAUCGCGGUUAUAAAACUUUUGAAGAGUACAUGAAUUCAAGGAAACCACCUAUGGUGGAACUAUAUGUGACACUUAUAGAGGGAGCCAUGGCUGGGUAUACUCCCAAGGGAAUGCAAAUUGCUGAAGAAACUCUGGUAAAUAUGAACUCUAGGAAUUUCUUCUUGAGCCCGAAAAUGGGAAAUGAUCUCCUCCUUGUGGCCUCAGGUGAAAAGACUGGUGGAUAUACUGUUGCCAACAUGAUAUGGGACCUGAUGCAAGCUCGUAAUAUUUUCCUUUCGUUACCAGCAGUUGAAGCAUAUCUCAAUGGCUUAAAAGAACGUGAGGUACCUCAAGAUGAUCCACGAGUUUUAUUAGUUUCUCGAACGUUAGACAAUCUACGCGCACGACGGUAAAAGUCGGGAUAUUAUCGUGGGUUUUUUCUUCCUUUAGGUACCGGGGGAAUAUUUAUGAACUCAACAACGGUUGUAUUUGAUGUUACCGACAAUUGUAUUUGAUGCUACUGAAAAUUUUGUUAGUAGCAAAGUUGUAUGGACAUUUUUUACGUUGUUAGAUGAUGAUGAAUUAGGUUUUGCAUUUAGUCAAUCAAA